AUUACUAUUUCGUUCCUCGAGAUUGAUUUGGGUUUGAAGAACAGAGAGAGAUAGUGAGAAAGAUUGCGAGAUGCAUCUAUGGCCGUCAGCAGCGCUGAGGGAUUCGUUCAAGGUUUCUUAUCUGAAGAAACUCGAAUGGAACCUCCACAGGAUGAACAGCGAGAAGCGGUCUCAGACUCCGACCAAUCGACAGAAGCUCUUGGACAACAAAGAUGUUGCCGACGACGCUGUCGCAGCGGAGGUGUCCGUGUCUAAUAUCGCCUCUGGUGCCUUCUCGUUCUUCAGAGACACGCUGAUGGUCCUUUCUUGCUUCUGCUGUGGAGCUUGUAUUGAGCAAGAAAUGAUCUGAUGCAGAACUUGAUGGGACUUUGCCUAUUGAAGUAAUCCCUACAGCUGGAGGUUGCACAAAGUAAUAUAGUAAGAAAUAGAGUUAAUAAAAUUGUACAAAUUGAAUCUUAGUACCUAAAUUCUGUACAGUUUAUGAUGGUAUGGUUUUCUUCAAACCUUAAUGGUUGUCAAUAGGUCAGGGGCACUGAUUGCAGUCUUUUGUCUUCAAUUCUACAGUUCAUACAAAAUUUUCAUUAUCCAAGCAUUGUAUUAGUGUGUCUAAUUUGCUCAAUCUUCAAUCGUGAUUAUUUUCAAUCCAUGUGGCUGUCAAAUUCAAGUUAAUACAAGAUUGAUGAUGAG